AUGAGUUCUCAAGGGGCAGCUGGAUUGUCUUCUUCUCGAAAGAAGACGAAGACUGUGCAGAAAUCUGCACAAGAACUCGAUCCUGUUGCAGACGUUGGUGAGCCCAACGCUGCACCAAUUGACCCUGACCCAAUUGGGAGCCCUAAUGCACCUCCAGACGAGUUAGACUCGUCAGGAGUGGUGGCUGAUACAGAAGUACCAGCCACGAUCACUGCUGAUCUGGACAACGUGCUGAUCAACACUGAGACUCAGUCAGCGGCAAGAGGCACAGGCCCUACAUCACCUGUGCCACUACCACUACCACUACCACUUACCAUGAGUAGCAAGUCGACAGGGACUAAUAAUCCCCCUGUCAACAAACAAACGGCAAAGGGAGACCUUCCAUUCUCCGUUGUCAUCCCACCAGAAAAUGUACUGUGGAAGGAACUCAUCCAGAUAAUGAAUGGCUUCCACAAACAGUUGGAUGACAGAAUGAGUGCGGUCACGGACAGACUCGAUAAAUUAGAUUGCAGAAUGGAUGCACUGGAGGAUCACCAGGAGAUUACUCCUGGAAGGAUUCCUCAACUAGUCGGACCUAGUGAUGCGAUGAAGACCUCAGGGGCUCCUGAAGGGCCCUUGGAGUCUACUGCACUAUGUGACCAAGGGAUGUGUCCCAUGGUCAUGAUGACUCAGAACUUGCAUGACAACGACAACAUGCCCAUCGAGUACAUCCAUGUCCCAGGAUCAGGGUAUCCUGGAGUGCAGAUAGCCACUAUAUUCCCUGACCUGGAAAGUGAGAAAUCCGCCUCGUCACUGGCAUGGAUACCUUCCCAUUUGAAAGAGAAAUGGGUGAACAAGGAUUGUAUCAAGCUUGUUCACUCUUUCAGACCACCAAUCCGACCCCCUGAUGAUGGAACCAACACUCAGGGUGAUGACCUCCAGAAGGCCAUCACGGAGAUGUUGGGGCAGGCAGUUGAGGUGGUUGUACAACAACUGGCAUGGCUCAAGGAUGAGUAG